AGAUUGCAGGUCCAUCGAUGAAUGGGAGGCCGAAUGGGCGUGGUCAGACGUGGCAGUGACGUCACGUCGCACGUUUCCAGUGUCUCUGGAAAAUCUGCGCCGUGUCUUCAGCAUUUUUCAGUCAUACGGAGCAUUGGGCGGGGAGCUUUUGGAAAAGUGUGCAUUGUGCAGGAAAGAAAGACCAAAAAAUAUUUUGCCCUAAAAUAUAUGAACAAGCGGAGAUGCAUUGAAAAAGGAGUCGCCGCAAAUGUGAUCCGAGAGCUCACGCUUUUGAGCAAAAUGUCUCAUCCGUUUAUCGUGAAUCUAUGGUAUACGUUUCAGGAUGGCGAUUACAUGUACAUGGUAUCCGAUUUGCUACUGGGAGGUGAUCUCCGGUACCACUUGAGUCAGCAGGGGAAAUUUGCAGAGGAUCGAGCCAAACUCUACCUGUGCGAGAUUUGCCUUGCCGUGGAAUAUCUACACGAAAUGAAGAUAGUCCAUCGCGACAUAAAACCCGAAAACAUUCUGCUCGACGAGCAAGGCCACGCCCAUUUGACAGAUUUGAAUCUGGCGACACAGCUGGAGGAUGAUCAGCUUGCCACGUCUUACUCAGGCACACGGCCCUACAUGGCUCCGGAGAUUUAUGCGACUUAUUUGGAGAUAGAAGACGGAUAUGACAGUCGAGUUGAUUGGUGGGCUCUUGGUGUGUGCUUUUAUGAAAUGCUGCGAGGAAGGACACCGUUUGAGUUUAGCUCCAGGACGAAGCCCGAGGAAGCGUACGUAGCAUUCCGGGAGUCAUCGAUUCCUUAUCCUGCACACUGGCCAACUGAUCUCAUUCAAUUUAUAAAUUCGAUGCUGAAAUUCGACAAGGAAAAGCGUCUAGUCGGUUUGGAAGCCAUCAAGAAACACAGUUACACAGAACGUAUAGAUUUCAAGAGUGUUUUUGAGAAAAAACCAUCGCCAGUGUUCAUUCCUUGUAAAGAGGGUCUCAACUGUGAUCCGAUGUAUGAGUUGGAAGAACGUAUUCUUGUCUCAACACCAAUUCAUCGGCGGAGAACCAAUCAUAAUAAUAGCUCAGGGAGAAGCUCGAGUGAGCCGCAAAAUGCCGCGUUGGUCGAGGUUUCAAAGGCGUUCAUUGAUUUUUCCCGCCAUAACGUCAAAAUCGAGCCCAAUGGAUUUGUUAAAUUGAAUUAAUUUGUUUUUUUUUCACUUUAUUCUAUUCCUUUCUUCAUAAGUUUGAUACGGUUAUAAAGGUACAAAACAUUUAAAAAAGGGUUGUUGUUCAGUAAAGUUGUUCAGUAAAGA